GUGUCCGACCCAGAGCUUUUGCCAGACGCUGUUCCUGCAGCUGGCCUUGCGGCCAGACUGUGGCAUUUGGUGACUCGGAUCUUUUCCAAGACAUCUAUCCCUGUGGCCUGUGCACUCCAGGCCAGACCGCGGGAUUUGGUGACCUGAAUCGUUGUUGAGGAGUCUCCUGUGAUUUUGGCAGGAGUCCUCAAGACCAAAGUGCAGGUCUUGCUGCUUGCUGUCCUGCUGCCUUCCUGAGGCUUCUCUCUUGCUGGUGCUUUCAGCAACUGCAAGACUUGUUGACUUGGCAAUAUCCUGAGGAACCUCUAUUUAAGGUGCCCUCUAGGCCAGACUCUGACAUGGCAGGCAGAUUCCUUGGCUUGUUCAAAGUGCUCAGGGGGAAAAAAAACAAAGGCCCUGGAGCUGCCCCAGCAGAACAGCCUGAAGAGCCGGAGCAGAUCCAGACACUGCAGGAUGAUGCAGCCGUGGAGCGCACACAAGAGCAGCAAUCCAGCCGUGGCCGCUUCCACAGAACCCUGAAGAUGUUCCGGAAGUUUCUGCGAGUUCAGCGCAGAGAGACCGGGACCAGUGCAGCUGAGGGCCCAGCCGAGCCUGACUCGGGGCUGACCGAGCUCCAGGCAGAGCCUGAUGUCAGCCUGGAUUCAGCUGAGCACUCACAAGACUCUGACACCAUAAUGAAUGAGGACACAGCAAACGGAGACAAGGCAGUGACUGAGGACGUGGCCAUGACAAAUGCCAACACUGGAGAGACUGAAGCCACCGCAAAUCCUGACACCACGCCCACUCCAACUCUGAUCGAGGAAUUAAUACCAGAGUAUUUCAGGGACCUUUGUUUUUCGUCUCAGGAGCAGCUAAGCAGGCUGGGAUCAGGCCUGGAGGCCUCCCAGGACUUUGUGCCCCCUCAAGCCAUGAUCACUGGGGCCCCUCAGCCUUUGAGGCCAGCACAGUGUGGCGGGAAGGGAAGCUGGGGAAGUUGCUCCCUUGAAGAGCGCUCCAAGUUUCCCCCAGGUGUCCUCCAGGUGCCAGCCAUUGUAAGGAACAUCCACCAGAGGCUGCUGUCCCAUGACACUGUGGAUGCCAGGCUGAAAAUUGACAUUGUGAGGCUGGCUGAAGAACAUCCUGUUGAUGUGGUGCUGACCCUCCUGCGCUGUGCCCCAACGUGUGACAGAGCUGCUGCAAUGAUGUGGAGAGCCAUUGCUUCAUCAAGACUAACAAUGGAGAAAGUGCUGCCAACACUGGUCCGUGUAAUGGAGGAUUGGCCUCUGAGCAAAAUGUGCACCUCCGAUGGGGACAAUCAGGAUGUUUUUGCCCUGGCUGCAACUCUGGUGAUCUGGGUGAUUGUCCAGGUGCCUCUGUACCAUGAGACAAGGAUUCAUUCUUUCUACCCUCUGUUUACGGCUCUGCUCUUCCACGUUGUCAUCACCACACAGCAGAUGCCACCAGAGGAAGUUGAAAACUUCUGGAGAGCAUGCCAGGAGGAAAAUCGCCUUCCCUGCAGGCCCAACAGGUUUGCAGUGCAGGCCAUGAAGGCUCUGCUCUACCGACUGCAGUGUGACCAGGAGGUGAUGGCUAUGGAGCGUAAGUGUGGCUGGGACACGCUGCUGACUGCUCACACCCAGCACUAUGCCGUGGGUCUGCUGGCCAGGGAGAUGCGCCAUGUCUUGACCUCCAUGUGUUCCCAUGUUGCAUACCGCCUUCUCCUCGUGCUCAGCUGUGAAAAGCCAAGGUGGGAUCUGCCCUUCCUGGCAUUCCUUGUGGAGGUCUUCGAGUGCCUGGACUUGAGUAAAUGUGCUCACACUGUCCUGAAGAUCAUGUCAAGUUGCCUGCACAGCAAGUGCAGGGAGAGGCGUCGCCUGGCACUCAGAGGCCUCGUGGUGCUGGGCAAGGAUCCCUCGAUGGUGAGAAGGGGCAGCGGCUGA